CACACUUCAAGAAUCUGAUGAGGAGGCUGGUGAUGAUCCAGAUUUUGAACCUGACUUACACAUGUCAAGUGUACUGCCUGAGAACCUCCAAAACUUCCCUGAUGUGACGUUUGAAGAAGCAGUAUUUGGUCAGGAAGAGGCUGCAGAAAGUGAUGGUGAGAAAGCUGAGGUAGCAAGUCCUGCAGUUGGCCAGAAAAAGAUAGUAAAUGAAGCUGAUAUUGAUGCGCUAUGUAGCACCCCCACCUGUAUUGUAUUCCUCGACCAGCUCUAAGCUUUGGCAGAUAUGAAAGUUUCCAAUUGUCAGAUAUGUGGCUCCAAAGACAUCCAGAUGCAGGAGAGCUUUAAUGGAUCUGCAGCCAUCAUAGAAUGGGUAUGUCAGGAAGGCCAUAGAAUUACACGCUGGUAUUCCCAACCAACAUUGAACAGAGGGGUUCUCUCCGGUGACUUCCUUAUCUCUGCAACAACAGUCCUCUCAGGAAACAACUUUGGAAAGAUGAAACUUUGGGCAGACAUGCUGCAACUGAAGUUUCCAUCAGCCUCAAAGUUCUUCCGAAUUCAGUGGACAUACCUUGUGCCUUCUGUGGACCGAUACUGGGAGACUCACUUACAAGACCUGUUCCAAUCUCUUCGUGGAAAGGAUGUAGUCAUACUAGGAGAUGGCCGUAAUGACAGUCCUGGUCAUUCUGCUCAGUAUUGUUCAUAUUCUGUCAUGGACAAUGAAACGAAGAAGGUCAUUAUGCUAAAAACAGUAGACAAACGUGAAACAGCCAGAAAGUCAGUUGCUAUGGAGAAGGUGGCACUUAAAGCAUGCCUUGAGGAUCUCUUACAAAACCAGGUCAACAUCACAAAGCUAGUAACAGAUGGCCAUUUAGGAAUUGCAGCAAUGAUGAGGACUGAUUACAGUACACUACCUAAGAUAAAACAUUCUCAUGAUAUUUGGCAUGUGGCAAAGAACCUUGGCAAAAACUAUCUAAGGUAA